AUGAUCGGAUCUCGUCUCUGCAUCCAACCAAUCACCGCCGUCACCUCCCUCACCGCCGAUCACACAAAUGCCGCCACCUCCCGCUCCGUCUCUCACUCCAUCUCCUUCGAUUUCUCCCCCAUUCACCUCCCUCUCCUCCGCUCCCGUCGCUUCCACUUCCCUAAACCCAAAUCCUUCCUCAUUUCCUGUAAUUCAUCUCCCAUCAGAUCCACUUCCGGCGACCACCACCACAACAACAACGACACCGAUUUUCUCGAAGCUUCUCUCCUUCUCUCAGAAACAAUAACACACUAUGGUAUGUGGAGACACCGUUUUCAAGAUGAGUUACAAUGGAAAUCACCCAUCUCAUCAUUUCCACAACACACCUCAAGAACGGAUAGUAGUUUAUUAAGACAAGAUGUUCUACAGACUUUUCAGAAUCCCACCAUUUUUCUCAAGAUUUCUUGUGAUGGAGACUAUGUUCUGCCCAUUGUUGUAGGAAGGGUUGCUAUUGAAAAGCUUAUAGACACGGAAGUUGAAGAAGAAAGUGAGGAUUUUCCGGACCAGUUCCAGUUUGUGAAAAAUCUAGUUGAAAGACUAGACCAUGAAGUAUGGAACUAA